AUGUCUGCCCUGACCGAUCGCCGCGGUGCCGGCCGGCCGCCUCUAGAGCCGCGCCGAGUGCCAGUGGUGGCCGAGCCCGACUCCUCGGGCCGCGGACCCGUUGUCUACCGCGCCCGCUCCGGCAUCAGCUUCCAGAACCUGGACACCAGCGAGAGGACACCGUCCAGUGAGCGACCUUCGUCCCGCGGGCAGGACCACGGCUCUGCCGGGGCGCUGAGCCCCUCUGGUCGGCACUACUCCGAACGGAGCGCCCCUGACACACCGCCGCUGAGCUCCAAACCGCCGACGCCGCAGCGCAUCUCGGCCCUGCUGAGGAAGCACCUGCUGCCACGGCCGCGCUCCUCCAGUGGAGGGCGCGCGGAGGAAGAGGGUGACCUGCGGCCGGCGCCAACUCGUCGCGGACUCGGCCGCAGCGACAGCGACAAGACGGGCUCGGCGCCGCCGCGGCCGCCCUACCGCAACAGCUCGCUGUCGAGGAACGACAUCACACGCCGCUCCAUCCGGCGGUCUCGGUCCUCGGCGAGCGAGUCGGCGCGGGCGCAGCGCGGCGCCGGUGCCUCACCCUGCUCCAGUGCCAAGUCCACGCCGUCGGCGGCUCGGCACCGCGCCUGGCGCAGAGAGGAGAAUGUCUCUGGAGCCAGCACCAGCGUCAGCAUCGGUGGGGAGGCGGCACCGGCAGCCGACACGGGACACCUGACCUCUUCAGAGGCAGAGGUGGUGGAUUGGCGAGACGACUCCACCAACAGGGAGCUAGAGCGGGGAUCGCCUCGACCCCCAGACAGAGGUCGGUACGACGACACCGUGCACCGACCGGAGCCGUCACCAAAGACAAGGCGCAAACUGAGCGUGCUCAAAAGACUCGUCCAGAAGUCGAGGUCGCUGGGCGUGAGUGUUCGUUCCGAGGAGUUCCCGAAGCUGGACCGGGCGGAAAGUGGUGGCAGUGGUGUGAAAAGCAGCCCCAAGUCGUCCAGGCCUAACGCGACAGUUUCACCGCCGGAGUAUGACAGAGCAGCAGAAAACGCCCAAG